UAUCUCGCUAAACCCUAUUGCCUUUUUCGAGCAUUUUUCAAGAUGUUUCGAGCACUACCUUUGCUCACACUCCUCACUUUCCUCGCUGUUCUUUGUAAUGCAUUUUCUCCUGAAAACCCUACAGAUCGGAAAAUCUUGGUUCUCCUCGAUGAUUUCUCUAUCAAAUCUUCACAUUCUCUAUACUUUCAAUCUCUCCAAACGCGUGGUUUCGAUCUCGAUUUCAAACUCGCUGAUGAUCCUAAAAUUGCAUUACAACGUUACGGCCAGUAUUUAUAUGACGCGUUAAUCCUCUUCUCCCCCUCCAUUGAAAGUUUGGGUGGAUCACUUAAUGCGGCAGCUAUUCUGGAUUUUGUUGAUUCUGGACAUGAUUUGAUCCUUGCGGCUGAUGCAUCUGCAUCUGAUCUGAUUCGAGAGAUUGCUACUGAGUGUGGUGUUGAUUUUGAUGAGGAUCAGGCAGCUAUGGUCAUUGAUCAUACAAGCUAUGCAGUUUCUGAUACAGAAGGGGACCAUACCUUAAUUGCUGGUGAUAAUCUCAUUCAGUCUGAUGUGAUCUUGGGCAGAGAAAAGAUCAAGGCUCCUGUAUUGUUCAAGGGGAUUGGUCAUUCUGUAAAUCCGGCCAAUAGCUUGGUGCUGAAAAUCCUCUCAGCUUCUCCUUCAGCGUAUUCAGCUAAUCCUAAAUCCAAACUGUCUUCUCCACCAACACUAACUGGAUCUGCAAUCAGUCUUGUUUCAGUUGUGCAGGCAAGAAAUAAUGCUCGGAUUCUUAUAUCUGGCUCCUUAAGCAUGUUUAGCAAUCGAUUCUUCAGAUCUGGGGUGCAAAAGGCUGGAAGCACAAUCAACCAUGAGAAAUCUGGGAAUGAGCAGUUUGUGACUGAAAUUAGCAAGUGGGUCUUCCAUGAAAGAGGCCAUCUCAAGGCUGGGAAUGUAAGACAUCACAAAGUUGGGGAGGCAGAUGAACCUUCUAUAUACAGAAUCAAUGAUGAACUGGAAUAUUCUCUUGAGAUUUAUGAAUGGUCUGGAACAAGUUGGGAACCUUAUGUUGCAGAUGAUGUUCAAGUUCAGUUUUACAUGAUGAGCCCCUACGUUCUAAAAACCAUGUCGACCGAUAAGAAGGGUGUCUAUUAUACAUCAUUCAAGGUUCCAGAUGUUUAUGGAGUAUUCCAGUUUAAGGUUGAGUAUGAGAAAUUAGGAGUCACAAGCUUGAGCCUUGCAAAGCAGAUUCCCGUUCGACCAUUCAGACAUAACGAAUAUGAGAGAUUUAUAACAGCUGCUUUUCCUUAUUAUGGAGCAUCCUUCUCUAUGAUGGGUGGUUUCUUCCUCUUCUCCUUGGUUUAUCUCUACCACAAGUAGCUGAAAGAUGAUUGCAAUUAAGACUACAUGAAGAGAGGUGCAAUUUUUGUAUUUGGUCUAAACAUCUAAAGUUAGAAAUCGAGGAUGUAGAGGCUCUAGCCUGUAGUGUUUCUUGGAACGAAAAAAUGUAUUUUCAAUUUGUUUAGCAGCAAAGGAUUAUUGGGAAAUAUUUGAAAAUACAUCCAUUGAUAAUUUCAUCCUUACAAUCCCAAGGAGUUUUUGGUCU